UGUCGUCAUCCAAUGAGUGCCUGCUCACAGACACACAAUUGUCAUAGAAGAAGCGUGUUUACUAAGCAUGAUCAGCUACAUCCAGGAGGUAAACGAAAAGUUGAAAAAGAAGCGGUAUAUCCUAUAAGUAUAUGAGGCGGCUAAGAUUGAGUAUUGAGAACCGGGCUUCUGAAACAUGGAAUUCAAUCUUCCCCCUUGUAUUACAUCCUACCUUUCAGAACUCGACACCUUCAUCCGUGCCAAAAUCUUACCUCUACAGCACAGGGAUGACAAUAACAGAUUCUUCGAUCACCGGCGAGAGACAUCGCGGACACAAUGGGACAACCAUGGUCUUCCCGCGCCUGAGUGGGAAGAUCUACUCCACAAAGCUCGACAACUAAGUGAUGAAGCCGGCUUCUAUCGCUUUGCCUUACCUCGAGCCUACGGUGGCUCGGAGUCGGCAGAUUUGAAUCUCACAAUGUGCGCGAUUCGAUUACACCUUGCCAGCCACCCAGAAUAUGGAGGAGGGUUGAGUCUCGCCAACGAUCUACAAAACGAGCACUCGGUCGUUGCGAACGCGCCGGACCUGAUAAUGCUGCACCACUACGGUACACCUGAGCAGCGUGAAAUCUUCAUCCCGGCCAGGUUAAGAGGCGACUUUCGCAUGACAUUUGGGUUAACUGAGAUUCAUCACGGAAGCGACGCAACGCACAUGGACACGACGGCAAAACCUAUCAUCCUCGAAGGGGGAGCAAAGGGGUUCGAGAUCAAUGGGAACAAGAAAUGGCAGACGGGCAUGCACACAGCAACGCACAUGCUCGUCUUCGCCCGCACGAGCGGCAAGGCCGGAUCGGCCAAGGGCAUCACAGCCUUCAUCGUCCCCAUCUCGACGCCCGGACUUAAGAUCGAAAGUUUCGAGUGGACGAUGAACAUGCCGACAGAUCACGCAACCGUCUCGCUCACAGACGUGCGUGUGCCCGCUUCGGCGACAUUAGGGCCUUUUGACGGGGGGCUGGCCAUCGCACAAACGUUCACGCACGAAAACCGCAUUCGACAAGCUGCUUCGUCGUGUGGUGCGGCGCGGUACUGUGUCGACCGCAGUGUGGCGUACGCAAAGGAGCGGAAGACGUUUGGCAGGCCGCUGGCGAGUAACCAGGGAAUCCAGUUCCCGCUGGUAGAGCAAUAUGCGCAGUGCGAAAUGUUGCGUCUGCUGAUUCUGAAGACGGCAUGGGAAAUGGAUAAGCUGGUUGUGCUGGCGCGGGAUCCGAACGAAAACCCGGAUGGAGUUCCGUCGUGGGUGCUGAUCGAGAAGAGGUUGGGCCAUCAGAUUGCCGCGUGUAAUUUCACUGCGAAUAGGUUGGCGACGACGGCGGCCGAUACGGCGAUUCAGGUCCAUGGGGGGAAUGGUUACAGUCGGCACUUGCCAUUUGAGCAUAUUUGGAGGCAUUUCAGACGGUAUCGCAUUACAGAGGGGAGCGACGAGAUUCAGAUGAGGCGGGUUGGCCGUUGGUUGUUUGGGUUGCAGGGAUCUGCACUGCCGAAGUUGUAAGUAAAUACCAUGGUACGACAAAUGUGACCGAUGUGACCUCAAGCCCUCGCAACGUGCUGGUUGUUGGUUCCGCGGUACCUCAUGCUCUC